AUGAACGAGCCAGUCAACCCGAACCCGCCCUCGGUCGCGCGAGUCUACACCAAGGCGUGCGAGACCCUCGGACCGAGCUGGUGGGACUACGACUCGCUCCAGCUGCGCUUUGGCUACCAAGAUCAGUACGAGAUCACUCGCAGGCUCGGGCGGGGCAAGUACUCGGAAGUCUUCGAAGGCGUAGACAUCGUGCACCACAAGCUCAUCGUGAUCAAGGUCCUCAAGCCGAUCAAGAAGAAGAAAGUCAAGCGCGAACUCAAGGUCCUCAGCAACCUGCGCGGCGGACCCAACAUCAUCGAGUUGUUGGACGUUGUGAGGGAUCCGCAGAGCAAGACCCCCUCGAUCAUCACCGAGCACGUCGACAACCUCGAUUCGCGCCAGCUCUACCCCAAGUUCACCGACGGAGACGUCCGCUACUACAUGUACGAGCUGCUCAAGGCGCUCGACUUCUGCCACUCGAAGGGGAUCAUCCACCGCGACGUCAAACCCCUCAACAUCCUCAUCGACCACUCGCAACGCAAGCUUCGCCUCAUCGAUUGGGGACUCGCCGAGUUCUACCACCCCGGAGUCGAGCUCAACGUCCGUGUUGCGUCGAGGUACUACAAAGCUCCCGAGCUCCUCGUCGAAUACACGCACUACGACUACUCGCUCGACCUGUGGAGCGUCGGAUGCACGUUCGGGACGAUGAUCUUCCGCCGCGACCCACUCUUCCACGGCUCUUCGAACGACGACCAGCUCGUCAAGAUCGCCAAGGUGCUCGGGACGAAUGACUUGUGGGCGUAUCUCGACAAGUACCAGAUCGACAUCGACGCCGAGCUCGAGUCGCUGGUGGGCGAGCACCCGCGCAAGCCUUGGAGCAAACUCGUCACGAACGAGAACCGCAAAUACCUCUCCAACUCGGCUAUCGACCUAAUCGACCGCCUCCUGCAGUACGACCACGUCGCGCGCCCGACUGCCGCCGAGGCGAUGCAGCAUCCGUACUUUGAGCAAGUGAGGCAGGCGGAUCGCAAGAGGGUGGAGGAGGAGGAGAAGGCGAAGAGGGGUGAGGGAGCCGCACCGACAGCCGUCUUCAUGGCGCCCAACGAGAACGACGGGAUUUUCCAGGUCCAGGAGCUGAGCUAG